ACCUGUGGACAGGGGAAGAGCUUCCAUCUGCGACCACUCCUUUCUCCACAACAGAGAGUUCCUAAAGAAGUGAGACUCCAUAAACGUGAAAUACAAAUGAAGAGCCUCAGGAGGAAUUCAGACAUAAUUGAGUCUCACAGAGCAAAACCAUACACAUGUACUGACUGUGGCAAAGCCUUCGGUUACUGCUCUUCCCUUUCACAGCAUCAGAGGAGCCACACUGGAUGCGUGCAGAAAAGGAUGGAGGACUCGGAACCGGAACGGAAGCGGGCUCGUACCGACGAUGUGACUGCCUCCGGAAGCUGUUCAGAGGCGGAGGAAGAGGACAAGGAGGACUAUGUGCCCUACGUGCCAUUGCGACAGCGCCGACAGCUGCUGCUCCAGAAGCUGCUCCAGCGAAGACGCAAGGGAGCUGUGGAGGAGGAGCAGCAGGACAGUGGCAGUGACCAUCGGGGAGAUGAGGAUGACAUCCCUCUGGGCCCUCAGUCCCAUGUCAGCCUCCUGGAUCAACACCAGCGCCUCAAAGAGAAGGCUGAAGCCCGCAAGGAGUCGGCCAAGGAAAAGCAGCUGAAGGAAGAGCAGAAGAUCCUGGAGAGUGUGGCUGAGGGCCGAGCCUUGAUGUCAGUGAAGGAGAUGGCCAAGGGAAUCACAUAUGAGGAUCCAAUCAAAACCAGUUGGACACCUCCCCGUUACGUCCUGAGUAUGUCUGAACAGCGGCAUGAACGUGUACGGACAAAAUACCACAUCCUGGUGGAAGGAGAUGGAGUCCCACCACCCAUCAAGAGCUUCAAGGAAAUGAAAUUCCCUGCAGCCAUCCUGAGAGGCCUGAAGAAGCAAGGCAUCCACCACCCAACGCCUAUUCAGGUCCAGGGUAUCCCCACCAUUCUAUCCGGCCGUGACAUGAUAGGCAUCGCCUUCACGGGUUCAGGCAAGACGCUGGUGUUCACUUUGCCCGUCAUCAUGUUCUGCCUGGAACAAGAAAAGAGAUUACCUUUCUCGAAGCAUGAAGGGCCUUAUGGACUCAUUAUCUGUCCCUCGCGAGAGCUGGCCCGGCAGACCCACGGCGUCCUGGAGUAUUAUUGCCGCUUGCUGCAGGAGGACAGCGCGCCACUCCUACGCUGCGCGCUUUGCAUCGGGGGCACGUCUGUCAAAGAGCAGAUGGAGGCCAUCCGACAGGGUGUGCACAUGAUGGUGGCCACCCCUGGGCGCCUCAUGGAUCUACUGCAAAAGAAGAUGGUCAGCCUAGACAUCUGUCGCUACCUGGCCCUAGACGAGGCUGACCGCAUGAUUGACAUGGGUUUCGAGAGUGACAUCCGCACCAUCUUCUCCUACUUCAAGGGCCAGCGACAGACCCUACUCUUCAGUGCCACCAUGCCUAAGAAGAUACAGAACUUUGCCAAGAGUGCCCUGGUGAAGCCUGUCACCAUCAAUGUGGGGCGUGCUGGGGCCGCCAGCCUGGAUGUCAUACAGGAGGUGGAAUAUGUGAAGGAGGAGGCCAAGAUGGUGUAUCUGCUCGAGUGCCUGCAGAAGACACCCCCGCCCGUGCUCAUCUUUGCAGAGAAGAAAGCAGAGGUGGAUGCCAUCCAUGAGUACCUGCUGCUCAAGGGGGUCGAGGCUGUGGCCAUCCAUGGGGGCAAAGACCAGGAGGAACGGACCAAGGCCAUCGAGGCAUUCCGGGAGGGCGAGAAGGAUGUUCUAGUGGCCACGGACGUAGCCUCCAAGGGCCUGGACUUCCCUGCCAUCCAGCACGUCAUCAAUUACGACAUGCCUGAGGAGAUUGAGAACUACGUGCACAGAAUAGGCCGCACCGGGCGCUCAGGAAACACUGGCAUCGCCAGCACCUUCAUCAACAAGGCCUGCGAUGAGUCAGUGCUGAUGGACCUCAAAGCCCUGCUGCUGGAGGCCAAGCAGAAGGUGCCACCUGUGCUGCAAGUGCUGCACUGUGGGGACGAGUCCAUGCUGGAGAUUGGAGGGGAACGAGGCUGUGCUUUCUGUGGGGGCCUGGGCCAUCGCAUCACCGACUGCCCCAAACUUGAGGCCAUGCAGACCAAACAGGUCAGCAACAUCGGCCGCAAGGACUACCUGGCCCACAGCUCCAUGGACUUCUAGCCGUCGGUCAUCCCUCUCCAAGAGGCCUCAUUCUCUGGGUUCCAGUUGCCUCCCACACACC